GCUUGGAAAGUGAAUGUGCCAGAGAGAAUCAGGAAAUCAUUGAUCAAAAUCCUGAUAUGGAUGUGGAAGUAACUAAUGGAGAGACUGUAAAGGUAGAAAGCCAAGAAACUCUCUCUGUAGAGUACUCGGGCUUGCCCUUGGUAGGUUUUGCAGAGGAGAACCACAUAACUCGUGCACCAUCCUCCAACUUCUCUGAAACAGACGGUUUAGAAAGGGACUAUCACCCAGAGAAAAACCAGAUAAUCUGUUCUCCAAAUUAUUCAUCUCCAACGGCAAGUCCCAGGAUUCAAGUUCAAGAACUCGAUAUAGAUUACAUCGUUCUUGGUCUUGAAUCUUGUGAUUUAAACACAGUGGAAAGUUCAUGUGGAACCAAAGAUAUCAAUAAGGAUGAUUUGCCUGACGCAUCCAAAACAACUGCUAUUGAUCAUCAGGAUAGUUCAGAUUCAGCCUCUGAUGACUGCAUGAUUUCUGGAGAUGAAGAUUAUACGUCAGAAAGGAGACAAUCCAUAUCCUAUGGAUACACAGAUACAACAGAACACUGUGAACCGAUACUAUCCUCUAAUGUGUCAGAAACUGAAGGUAUCCAGCAACAAAAGCUGCGACAUCCACCUGAAAAACUAUUCUCGGGGAGAAAGGUCAUUUCCCCAUCCUCUCAAGCAAAACUUUGCAAGGCAAUGGAGCAACCCGAUUCACCAGAAAAAAGGAUUACCAAAUGGAAGGGGAAACUGUAUUUCAGUAGUCAAAAUGCACAUAGGAUUCUUAAGGCCAAAGGACUGGGAGACAUUGAGAGAAUCGUCGAAGCCAGUCCAACCGCAAAGCAAGUAAUUCAGAAGCCAAAUAAUUCUGGGCAAACUCAGCAUCGAAAGCCAGCAAUCAAGAUUUCUCGUCAAAAUCCUGAAAACCGAUUUUUUUUUUAA